CAGAGAGGCUGCUGCUACUGAGCUGCCUAGGACACACAGCUCUCAGCCGGGGGAAUUAUGCCCUGCCCAGCAGCGGCUGCUUUGCCUAUUUGAAGAGCCGAACCUAUGCAUACCAAGUAGUUAUAAGUCCGGGGCUAUCCCCGUGAUUAUUGGUUAUUAUGAGCAUGGAAGAUUAUGACUACCUGUUCAAAAUAGUUCUCAUAGGAAAUGCUGGAGUUGGAAAGACAUGUCUCGUCCGGCGCUUUACUCAGGGGCUUUUCCCACCUGGACAAGGGGCUACUAUUGGAGUGGAUUUCAUGAUUAAAACUGUGGAAAUCAAUGGGGAGAAGGUCAAGUUGCAGAUAUGGGAUACAGCUGGACAGGAGAGAUUUCGCUCCAUUACUCAGAGUUACUACCGUAGUGCCAACGCCCUUAUCCUCACAUAUGACAUUACCUGUGAGGACUCCUUUCGGUGCCUUCCAGAGUGGCUGAAGGAGAUUGAGCAGUAUGCCAACAACCAAGUGGUGACUAUAUUAGUCGGUAAUAAAAUAGAUCUGGCAGACAAGAGAGAGGUUCUCAGGCAGAGGGCCGAAGACUUCGCUCAGGCUCAGAGCAUGCUCUAUCUGGAGACGUCGGCCAAAGAGUCCGACAACGUCGAGAAACUCUUCCUUGACCUGGCGUGCGAACUCAUUCGAGAAGCCAAGCAGAACAAGCUCGACAACAAUGACACUGCCCCAAUGCCCGGUGAGGGUAAAACCAUCAGUUAUUUGAACUGCUGCAGCCUCAAUUAAAGGGAGCUCAGCUGCCCGGCUGCGGUAACUCGGUAGCCAUUGACUGUAGAGCGUAGAUGGCUGAGCCCCAAUGCCUCCGUCCUGCUAAGAUGGCAUAAAGCCAACACUUAGUUUGGUCAUGUUUUUCCCAUGCCUUUUAUACGCAGUACAAAGGAGCUAGUUGAUUUUAGUUUUUAAAAGUGCUAUCAUUAAAGCCAGUAUCCUCACUGGAUCAGGAUGAACAGGUGCACAUCAAUCCAUUAAAAUAUCAUCAAGACGUUAAUUUAAAUCACUAAUUCAAUUUAAGAAGUGAAAUUUACACAUUAUGUGGAUUCAUUAUGAACAGAGUGAUAUAUUUUGGUUGCAGUUAUUUACUUCUGGAGCUUUUCAUCUUUCUCUUGACAGUACUCGGACAGUACUAAAUGAGGUUUUACACAGGCCUGUUUGUUUUUUAAUUCAGUAUAUAUAUACCAUGGUCAUUAAUGCAGAGAUUGGAAGUUUUGGCAGUGUGGGCAGGUGUCAAGAUCUGCUGGAAACGGAAGUCAACAUUGUCAGCAGAAGGAAGAGUGAAGUGCUCUUCCAUGGUAGGUGACUGUGGACUUCAGAAUAAACUGUGCUCCAACACCAGCGGAUGAUUCGAUUCCCCAAAAAUUUACUCACUGUGGAAACUUCACACCAGACCUUAAGCAACUUGGAUUUUGUUCUUCUCCACUCUUCCUGCAUCCAAAUGAAAUACAAAUUUUACUUUCAUCUGAAAAGACGACAGACGUUUUUUCUCCUUAGGUAAGGCACCUCCGACACAUCUGACAUCAUCUCUGGUUCAGGAGUGGCUUACACAAUUAAUGCCACUGUUGUCGUACAUUUCCAGGAUACGUCAGCAGUCUGUGAACAGCCAGCUUCUUUAACAAUGCCUUUUGGUAUCUUACCCUCCUUUUAGAAGGUGACUCCGACUCUGCAUGAUACCUGCCACAUCAGUUGUAUUUCCAAUGAAAAACUUCCAAUGAAAAAACAUUUCUACAUUCAAAAUCCCUUUUAGAAAUAUAUUGCUCUGUGUGUAAUGAAUUUAUAACAUUUUAAAGGUUUCACUUAACUCAAUUAGUUCAUUUUUUUUUUUUUUUAUCAUAACCCAAUUUCUUCAGAUGCACUUAUGUUUGACUGAUGAUGUGGGUGAUCUGGGUAGGGCUUAGAAACAGCAGGACUUUCCAGUUUGGCCUUUGGGAUUCAUUUCUCAUCCGACAUCAGUAUUCACCAGCAGUAUUACGAGAGCAAAAAGUUUUGCCAGGUAUAUUGUUACAAAUCGGAUGACAAUUUUAGUGAACAUUGGGGUUUAUUAGUUAUCAGUAACAUGUUUACAAGCACUACAUUUUGGAGAUUACUACGGUUGAACAGGCUGAAAAUGUAACAUAAAAUCUGUUGGAUGUUUAUUUUCCCUCUGCUCUGAGAAUCACAUCACAUGACAGCUUUGUCAUUUUUAAAUCAUUUUUUUGCACCUGUCAUUACAUACUGUGAAGCAUUUUUUUCCCCCAAAUUUGACUUUUUACUUGCUGCUAGAACAUGUUUUUAUGUCAUAAAAACUGAACCACAUAUAAAACCUACAGUAUUGUGCAUUGCUAUUAAUAUUUUUUUAGUACAUUGGCAGUUUUAGUGAUUGCUGAUUUAGUUUGAAACAGUUGGAAAGCCUUUUAUCAGUAAAAUAUCAGUAGAUUUUUCUUUAUGAUUGUCAGCUGUUUUCUUUAACAUACACGUGAAUAUUCCUGCAUUUGUCAGUGCUGGUCAUGAAAUAGUUUCAAGGGGCUGUGUCCAUGUAAUUUUAUAUAACUUGUUGUAUUUCAUACAAUGCUUUCUGUGAAUUUAUUUUGUUGUCAGCAUGGUAGUGUCUAAAAUGAUCUUUUAUUCAUUUGCCAUAACUACAGGCUGCUGUAUUGCACAAUGCCAUAUACUGCACACUUAGUUCUUUUUUUUUAACUGUAACACUUAGUGUUUUCUUGUACAGAUUUAUUACUAUAGUACAUCUUGGCACUUUUAUUGUAUGAUUUUGUACCUUCAGUUUUUUUCUCAUUUGCUAGAAGUGCCAGAGUUAUGUUAUUUCUUGUGCUUUAGGUUUAAGAGGAGAUACUUGUGCUUAAUUCUUUACAUCUUCCUGUCAACUUCAAUGGGAUUUACAUCUGAAAGGCUGUUUGAAUUGUUGUGUUUUUUCCUUUUGUGUACAAAAAUAAUCCCUAAAUUACUGUGUAUAUCAUUAAACAGCUACACUAAUUAUUGACAA